AUGGACGUCGAUCUAGGAGCCCAGCUUCCGGAGGAGCAACAAGGCGAAUUCAUCAGGACCUACAAAGAGUUCAUCUUUUCUUACAGAGAGAAAAGCGGGAUACUCAAGUGGUGUGAGAACCUGUUGCUCAAUCGGCGGCGAACGCUUCUCGCCAAAAAGCUCGACGACUUCUUGAUGGAUGUUAUCCGGCGAAAGUUCAAUGAUGUGAAACAAGAUAGGGGUUUCUCCAGUCGAAGCAUUUUGGCAUUGAGCCUCCGCGACACUGAUGCUCUCACCCAGGAGAUUAUCGACGGCACGAAAGAUCAGCUCAAGACAUUCCUCUUUGCAGGACAUGACACGACCAGCAUCCUUUUGCAAUGGGCGUUUUACGAACUUUCACGAACACCUCGGGCAAUGAGAACGCUCCGAGCUGAGCUAGAAAGCCUCUUCGGCCCUGACCUGAGCCCGGAAGCUGUCCGCAAGGCAUUGCUAUCCAAGGGCGAAGAAAUCACUCGGAAGAUGACGUACACCUCGGCUGUCAUUAAAGAGAUUCUCCGUCUGUACCCCCCGGCUGGUUCUGCGCGGCUGUGUCCCCCAGGAUCAAACUUCUACGUUCAUCUUCAAGAUGGUACCAGUCUCUGCGCGGAAGGAAUGGUGCUGUACAAUUGUGCAACAAUUAUUCAGCGCGACGCGAACGUCUUCGGAAGCACCAAGGAUGACUUCGUCCCGGAGCGUUGGCUUGGGAAUACUGACACCUCCAUGGCGACAAAUGACGACGAGAAAGCUGGUAUUGGCAAGGCAGGUGAGAAUGGGAUUCCUGCUACGGCAUGGAGACCGUUUGAGAGAGGACCGCGCAACUGUAUUGGUCAGGAGUUGGCCAACAUCGAGGCAAGGGUGAUCUUGGCCAGCGUUGUUGGCAAGUACGACUUCGAGAAAGUGGGAUUAGGAGAGGCAACACUAGGACCGCAAGGGAAGCCUAUAAUCAACGAGAAGGGACAACACCGGUCAAACACAGAGUUGUACAACACAAUUCGUCGCUUGUUUUUGCUUGUUUACUUCUCUGCUUACUACGAGGGUUUCAAGAUGCGUUCCGCACUUAUUCUCGCUGCCGUGGCCGGCGUUUCCAGCGCCAAUCCAGUUGUCAUUCGCGCCGCCUCAGCUCAGACGGGUAUCGACCUCAGCGCUUUUGAUGCGGCACCCAAGCCGGUCAAGGUCGGCCCGGCAGUUGGAGCUACCUCCGAGAAGCCAACGUACAACGCCGCACAGGUCAAGGCCAAUGCUGCCAAGGAUGCUCUCGUAAACCCCGUACAGGCUGCGAAUUCAACCAUCAAGGCCCGCGACUUGACCGGAUGCACGCAGACUGAGCCACAGGGAGCCGGACCCGUCUCCUCGCCCGACAGCUACGACCAAUUCAUGUCAGAUGCCCAGUACGACGCUAUUGCCAACAACGCGGCCACUCCUCAGGGAUACACCCAAUCCUUCCAAGACCUUGCGGGCUCUGUCGAGGGUCCCGGUUACCAAGGUCUCUACACUCUUCAGGCCUUCGAUACAAUCAAGUGCCAACAGUACUGUGAUGCUGCUCCUGUGUGCUACGGAUUCAACGUUUUCAUGGAGAGAAACCCUGCAUACACCCCGAGCAACUCUUGCACCAACCCGCCAAGCACUACCAACUACAAGUGCACUCUUUGGGGCUACAUCAAGAAUGCUCCUCCAGCUUCGCAGUCUGGCUUCACUGGCCCUGCUCCUUUCGGCGGCUCUAUCCAGGCUCCCAACUCCUACAUCGGUGUCAAGUUCUUCCCUGGACCUUACGACCCUGCUCAGUGUGCCGCUGCUUGCCAGGCUACAACCCAGUACGACCACGACCACCCCAGACAAGAUGGAACCUACGAUGCUUGCAACUUCUUCAACUCUUUCGUCUUGAGCGAGAACAACGUUCCCCAGGGAACUUACUGCUCAUUGUACACCAAGGCUUGGGACAAGAGUUACAGCACCAACGUUGGGCAGUACAGAGGCUCUGACUACUACUCCGUCUCUCAGAGCUACGGUUACACUCUCACCACCCAAGACAGCGGCGUGGUCUCUUCCAACUAG